CCCGGCUUCGCCGCCAAUCCCACCUCUCCCUCCCUCCCGCCGCCAUCUGGUCUGCCUUCCGGCUGUUGCGAUUGCCUCCUUGGGACUCUGCAUCCUCGCUGUGGAUUUGGUCGCUCCCUCUCCUCCAGAUUUUCCUGCCCAUCCCCAGUCGAUUGAUUGCCCAAGCCGAAAGAAUGCCUCCUAAGGAAAAGAAGUCUGCCAAGUCUGCCAAGGCUGCAAAGAGCUCAAAGAACUCGUCAGUCGACAGUCUGGCCGCCGGCGUUGGCAAGGUCAAGAUCGAGAACAACCGAUCCUGCUCCGGUGUCCUGACCAGUCAGAAGGACAGCAGAGAUAUCAAGAUCGAGCAGUUCUCUCUGACGUAUUUCUCCCAGGUUCUCAUCCAGGAGACCACCCUUGAGCUCAAUUUUGGCCGUCGGUAUGGUCUCAUUGGCCCCAACGGGUCGGGCAAGUCAACCUUCCUCGAGGCUCUGUACGCUCGCGAGGUGCCCAUUCCGGACCAUAUCGAUAUCUUCCUGCUCAACUCUGAGUAUCCCCCCACGGAGAUGACCGCCCUGAAUGCCGUCAUCGACGAUGCCAACAAGGAGCUCGCGCGUCUCGAGAAGCUGAUGGAGACCAUCCUCGAGGAGGAUCCCGAAUCUCCCUUGCUCGAUGACAUUUACGAGCGCAUUGACGGCCUUGAUGCCUCAACCUUUGAAAGCCGUGCUGCUUCCAUUCUCUACGGUCUCGGCUUCACUAAGGAGAAGAUGGACUUUAAAACCAAGGAUCUGUCUGGCGGCUGGAGAAUGCGUGUUGCUUUGGCUCGCGCUCUCUUCGUCAAGCCCACGCUUCUUCUCCUCGAUCAGCCCACCAACCAUCUUGACCUGGGAGCAUGCGUGUGGCUCGAGGAGUAUCUGAAGACAUACAACCGCAUUCUUCUCAUCAUCUCGCACUCGACUGACUUUUUGAAUGAGGUCUGCACCAACAUUAUCGAGCUCAACCCCAAGCGGCAGUUUGAUCAUUACAGUGGCAACUUUGACAUUUACGUCAAGACCAAGUAUGAGCUCGAGGUCAACCAGAUGAAGGCCUAUGAGAAGCAACAGGAUGAAAUCGCCCACAUCAAAAAGUUCAUUGCCUCCUGCGGUACCUACGCCAACCUGGUUCGCCAAGCCAAGUCGCGUCAAAAGAUUCUGGACAAAAUGGAGGCCGAUGGCCUCGUCGAGAAGGUCCAAAAGAACCGCGAGUUCCGAUUCCAGUUUGACUGCUCCGGCAAGCUCCCUCCUCCGGUCCUGUCCUUUGACGAUAUGAGCUUUGCCUACGACGGCAACCUGAAGAAGAAUGCCAUCUACAAGAACCUGGAGUUUGGCGUCGACACCGACUCGCGCAUUGCUCUCGUUGGCCCCAACGGUGCCGGCAAAUCCACCCUGCUGAAGCUCAUGGCCGGUGAGCUCUCUCCCACCACGGGCAGCGUCAACCGCCAUACCUCGCUCAAACUCGGCCGGUACAACCAGCAUUCGGCUGAGCAACUGGAUGGGUCCCUCUCGGCGGUGGACUAUCUGCGAGCCAAGUUCCCCGACCUCCCGCAGGAUAUUCAGUACUGGCGACAAAAGAUUGGCCAGUACGGUCUGACUGGCAACAACCAGCUCUGUCCCAUCGACCAGCUGUCCGACGGCCAAAAGUCGCGCAUUGUCUUCUGUGAGCUCUCGAUCAACGCCCCCAACAUUAUCCUCUUUGAUGAGCCCACCAACGCCCUCGACAUCGAAACCAUCGACUCGCUCGCUGAGGCCAUCAAUGAGUUUGAGGGUGGCGUCGUUCUGGUCUCGCACGACUUCCGUCUCAUCUCACAAGUUGCUGAGCAGAUCUGGGUGUGCGAGAACCAAAACGCGCAUCUGUGGGAAGGCACAAUUGCCGAGUACAAGGCCCACCUGCGCAAGUCCGUCUGUGCCGACAUGAAGAUCUAAAUGCCAUCCCGAUGCCCGACGCAUGGCAAGCUCCCGAUUCCCGCUCGUCUCGCGGCAUCGGUCGCUCUGUCCAGCUUUUGUAGAGGCGUGGAGCUUGCUAGCAUCCGCUCACCCCCCCCCGUUUUCGAGGCCUGUGCGUUUUUGGCUCGUACCUGACUCAAUUGCCUCGGCUUCUUCCAUCCCCCCCCCUUGACGCCUGAUCAGAUUGCGCCGUUGCACAGCGGCCUUCCUUUGAAUUGUAGCCUCCCCCGCCAUUCUAUUUUGGAGACCCUCGCUGUCUCCCAUGUUUCAUCAUCAGUAUCCGAAUACAGCGUACCCAUUUCGAAACGGAACA